AUGCUACACCGCAGUCUACGGCCGCUGUGCACGCCCUUUCAGCUUCCCAGGCGCGCGGCCCAGGUGCAAGUGGGCAGCGCGAAUCCAUUGCCGGCAUGGUCGCGCUCAUUCCACGCCUCUUCCCGCCUGCGGGUCGUCGAUCUUGCGUACAAACUCCACGACAACAACGGAAAGGCAAAGGGUGACCCAAUCGUGAUGAUUCAUGGCCUGUUCGGCAGCAAGAGGAACAACCAGAGCGUUGCCAAUGUCUUUGCGCGCCAUCUGUCCCGCCCCGUCUAUGCCAUCGACACACGCAACCACGGCGACUCCCCGCACCACAAGACACACAACUACAUCGCCCUCGCCGAAGACGUCGAAGCCUUCCUACAGAAACACAACCUGAAGAACUCGACCCUGAUCGGGCACUCGAUGGGCGCGAAGACCGUCAUGGCAAUGGCGCUGCGCAACCCCUCGUGCUGCGCGAACAUCAUCCCCGUAGACAACGCGCCCGUCGACGCAGCCCUAUCCUCUGACUUCCCCAAGUACGCCGAGGGCAUGAAGAAAGUGGCCGAAGGCGCGCCCAAGAGCCAAAAGGCCGCCGACCAACUCAUGCAGCCCUACGCCCCCGCGCUGCCCGUCCGACAGUUCCUGCUCUCCAACCUCGUGCGCCCCGCGCCGGGUGAGCCGAUGCAGUGGCGCAUCCCGAUCCAGGUGCUCGGCAAGUCGCUGGACAACAUGGCCGACUUCCCCUUCACGGACCCGGACCAGCACUGCUUCAGCAAGCGCGCGCUGUUUAUCCGCGGCACGAAAAGUCGCUAUGUCACCGAUGAGGCGCUGCCGGUCAUUGGACGCUUCUUCCCCCGCUUCGAGCUCGUGGAUCUCGAUUGUGGACAUUGGGUUAUCAGCGAGAAGCCGGACGAGUUCAUCAAGGCGGUUGUGGACUUCCUGAGCGAAGAAGAGCAGUCAUCCUGA